AUGUCUGGCGCAAAGAUUGAAAGUGCCACACAAUUUGAAGCCGAACUUAAAAAGAUUUCUGAGGUUCUUCAAGAAAAAGAAACUGAACAUACCUGGCAACUACUUGAGAAGGAGCUGAAACGUUUGGCGGUGUUAACUCGUGAAAUAGGAGGAACGUACGAAAAUAUUUUGAUUUCAUCCAGCAAAUCCUUGAGAGUGCCUAUAGUGAACUCGUUAGCCACAGAACGUACGCGUCUAUCGGGAGCAGCAUGUGAAUUUGUUGAGGAGCUUGGUCGAUGUCUUGGGCCAAAGUUUGAGACUCUGGUGGAUUUCUUUUUUCCCGCUCUGCUAAAGCUUUGCGCUCGCACAAACAAAGUGUUUAUUACGCGCGCCCAAAAAUCUAUCAUGACAAUUAUACGAAACUGCAAGAUUCCUGCACUCAUCCCGAAAUUUAAAGAAGCGUUAAAGGAUCAGAACAAAACGUUGAGGACGAGUGCCGCCGAAUUCAUCCUCGUCAGUUUAGAGGUUAAUGAUGUUGGCGCGUUGUCUAAAUAUAUUGCGGAUUUGGAGUGGGCUAUACGUGAGGGCGCCAUUGACUCUACCCCGGCUGUCCGGUCAACCUCGAAAAAGACAUUUGAAAUCUUCAAAUUGAAAUUUGAUUUGCGGAUUCAAGAUUUUGUUGAUACUUUGUCUUCGACCGCUCAGAAAUACCUCGGACUCCAAGAUAAACAAUCAAAUAAAUCCGCGCGUCCUCCAAUUCGUAGAUUCAACUCUGCGAUGAUAGGAAAAGAAAUACCAAAACAACCGAUUGAGGAAAAUGAUAUCGUUAUAUUCGUCAAGAAUCCUCCAACAAAUAAUAAUAAAAUAGAAAAUACAACGACAGAAAAAAAUACAGCUACCGCCGCAACAGCAUUUGUCAUCACUUUUGAUGAACCUAAUUCGUUAGUCAAUCCAGGAUUUAAUAGCCCCCUCAAGACAAAACCUAAGUUGACAUCUGCUGAACGUGUCAAUAAUGGCGCAAAUAAUACCCAAAUAUUUUCUGCAUCCGCACAACGAGUGCCGAUUAGACCUAAAAAAGCACAAACCGUUCCUGUAGCAGCUAAGGGAAAUGGCGUUUUGUUGAGUCUUGCUGGUGGUGCCCAAAGAGUAAAGAUUAAAGAAUCAUCAGCUA